AUGAAAAUACACAAGGCCCUCUGUGAUCUUGGGGCAAGUGUAAGUCUAAUGCCUCUAUCAAUAUGUCAAAAGCUAGAGGUCGAAGAACUAAAGCCCACAACAAUUUCACUGCAAUUGGCUGAUCGGUCUAUUAAAUAUCCUAUGGGCAUCCUAGAGAACAUCCCUAUCAAGGUGGGCAAAUUCUUCAUCCCCGUUGACUUUGUUGUCUUAGAGAUGGAAGAGGAUGUCCAAAUCCUUAUCAUCUUGGGAAGACCUUUCUUGGCAACUGCCGGAGCUAUCAUAGAUGCCAAAAAUAGGCGGUUGACUCUCAAAGUAGGAGAUGAAGAGCAAGUUGAAGAGGAAUUCCAUAAAGAAGAUCCUGAAGAUCCUCUUGAAACAUGCAUUGUGCACAGCCACACAGCAGAGAAUGAGAACACAAAAAUUACAGCUUGUGUACAAUCCUUGACAGCAUAUCCACCUCUACCAUUGGCUCAAGUUUUCAAGGUAGAAGAGUUAAAGGAAGAGCAGCCCAAAGGAAAGCCUCAAGAAAACACCAAACAGGUAGAACUGAAACCUCUUCCCUUAACGCUAAGAUGUUCUGAAAAGGUUCCAAGGCAUAGGAGCAAAGUAGAGAGCUUGGAAAGGCCAAAGGAUUGA